UGUCACGCGCUGUAAAAGUUGGGAUAGAAGCUCCAGUGAGCGAAGAGAGUGGCAAUUUAUCCGACAAUCUUGUCUGUUUUGUUGACAUCAACCAGCGAUAAAUCAACUUAAUGUUCUUGAGGACUAAAUAGUAUAAUCGCUGCAGGACAAUAAAAACGUAAACUAUAAUUGUAUUGCUAAACGUCGGGGGAGAAUAAUUUUGGAUUUCAAAUCAAGGAAGACAAACUAGUUCACGCCGCUGGCUCUUCGACUGCUCGCCACAGUAACGUUACAAUUUCAUGAUCCUCAAAAUACACGUUUUGUUGUUUCAGUUAGUUCUGUAAAUGUUGUGACAUCCAGAAUAGUAAUUUGCACUAGCCGUCGUUCAAGUGACGGGUGAACCUGAGCUGUCAACCUCGAUGACUACUGCAAACUGUACCGGUAAUGAGGAGCUGGACUUCAGGCUUAUCUUCGGAGAGGACGGCCAGCAGCAGUCGCUAGGCCCCGCAGAUCUGGAGCCAGAUGACAACACUUCAUUCUACAUCCUGAAUGUGGGCCAGCCCCAGUCUGUGGUCAACAACCAGUCCAUGGGCCUUCAGUCACGCCAUGGCAGCAUGCAGACUCACACUCACACCCAGGUCAUCAACUCCUCCCCCCAUCAGCGCCUGCAGUCUCACAAGGUGUACGACCCCAACUACCAGGUUCAGGACAAUGUCGGUACUAACAAAUACAGCCCUGUGUCUGGGGGGCCUCCCAAGGCCUUUGAGUGUCCCAGUAUCCAGAUCACCUCUAUCUCUCCCAGCUGUCAGCAGGAGAUGGACGCUAACGAAGAUGAUCUUAGGGGUAAUAAUCGGGACUAUCACCAUGGCGAUCGCCCCCUGUCCAGGGACCACCUUUACCUGCCCUUAGACCACUCUUACCGGGACUCGUCUCUAAGCCCGUCCCCCUGCAGCUCCUUGUCCUCCAGGAGCUGGUUCUCCGAUGCUUCGUCCUGCGAGUCCUUCUCCCAUGUGUACGACGAUGUCGAGUCAGAGCUGAACGAGGCGGCCGCAAGGUUUACCCUGGGGUCGCCCCACACCUCCCCAGGCUGCUCCCCUCAGACUGGAAUCCAGGAGGAGGGGCCCUGGGCUGGGCAACAGCACCACAAUCCUGCCUUCCACCACUCCCACUCCCUGUCCCCCCGUGCCUCCCCCAACCACUCCCCGCGCACUUCCGUCACAGAUGAGAACUGGCUGAGCCCGCGCCCACCGUCCCGUCCCUCUUCACGGCCCACCUCACCUUGUGGGAAAAGACGCCACUCUAGUGCAGACAUCUGCUACCCGGGGGCCAGUGUGUCCCCCAAUCACUCUCCGACCCCCACCCCCCAGCCGUCCCCCAGGGGCAGCGUGACAGAGGACACAUGGAUCGGAAGCCCUUCUAUGGGCAUGUCCCCGUUCCAGUGCUGCCCUUCUGAGGCAGACAUUCCCUCCAAGACUAGGAAGACAUCCCAGGACCAGACAGGCUCCAUCGGGGUGAAGGGGGACCGAAGCCUGGACGACUCUGGGAACAUGUCCCCACUCCUAGACUCUCCCUCAGAGGACACGCUCCACUCCCUGAAGAAGGACGGGGCGGGAGAACAGUUCCUCGCAGUGCCUUCGCACUUCACAUGGAACAAACCCAAACCAGGACACACACCCAUCUUCAGGACCUCCUCUUUGCCGCCCCUGGACUGGCCCCUGCCCCACCAGUUUGGCCAGUACGAGCUGAAGAUCGAGGUGCACCCCAAGGCCCACCACAGAGCGCACUACGAGACUGAGGGAAGCAGAGGGGCAGUAAAAGCCGCAUCUGGAGGUCACCCUGUUGUCAAGCUGAUGGGCUACAAUGAGAAACCAGUCAACCUACAGAUGUUCAUCGGGACAGCAGACGACCGCUACCUCAGACCACACGCUUUCUACCAGGUGCACCGGAUCACAGGGAAAACCGUUGCUACUGCCAGCCAAGAGAUUAUCAUCUCCAGCACCAAAGUUCUGGAAAUUCCUUUGCUUCCCGAAAAUAAUAUGUCCGCCAGUAUUGACUGUGCUGGCAUCCUGAAGCUGCGUAACUCCGACAUCGAGCUGCGGAAGGGGGAGACGGACAUUGGGCGGAAGAACACGCGUGUUCGAGUAGUGUUUCGGGUUCACAUCCCCCAGGCCAACGGGAAGGUUCUCUCUCUCCAGGCUGCAUCCAUCCCAGUGGAGUGUUCUCAGCGUUCUGCCCAGGAGCUUCCCCAGGUAGAGAAGGUCAGUCUGACCAGCUGUCUUGUCAGUGGAGGAGAGGAUAUGGUGAUCACAGGUUCCAACUUCUUCCCAGAGUCAAAGGUCAUCUUUCUAGAGAAGGGCCCCGAUGGAAGACCACAGUGGGAAGUUGAGGCCAAAAUUGUCCGUGAGAAAAGUCAAGGAUCGAGCAUCGUGGUGGAGGUUCCUCCAUACCACAGUAAGACUGGAGCCUCGGCCGUGCAGGUGCAGUUCUAUGUCUGCAACGGGAAACGGAAAAGGAGCCAAUCGCAACGCUUCACUUACCUGUCAGUCCUGGUGAAGCAGGAGCACAACAGAGAUGAUCUGGACGGGGCCCCAGCCGUGCUGCCCAUGCCUGGUGCGUCCAUGCCCCUGGCCCAUGCUGCCAGCCUAGUUCGCAGUACCCACACCCAGCUGCCUUCCCCUGACCAGGGCCACCCGCCGGACAGCCUUCUGUCCAGCUCUCCCCGGGGCUUGGCUCCAGGCCCCAGCCUCCACACCCUGCAGCCUGCCUGCCCUCCCAUGGGCUCCCCCUCCUUCCAGCACCAGCACCUGCCUCACCUCCAGGGCAGAGGGCUCCACACGCCUGCUGACUGCCACAUGCCGUUCCAUCCGGGCCCCGCCCUUCCCAGCAGGCCCUCAUACCAGCCACAGCCUAUGCAGCAGAGUCACAGCCACCCAUCCCACCUGAGCAACCUGAAUCCCAACAUGGCCUACAACGGCCAGUCAGGCCUGCCCAUGAACACUGGGGCUCCACACAGCUACGAUAGGAUGCCUUACCACAACCAGCAGUCGGACCCCGGGGCCUCCCACCCUCACCCCGGUGGGAUGGGAAUGGUGUACCAUUCCUCCCCCUCCACGUCCCCCACCGCUCAGCAGGCCUCCAGCCCUCACAGCCCCAUCCCCACCACCCCCAACAACCAGCCCAUGACCCACUCUGCCCCUCACCUGCUCUCCAUGGGUUACCACUGCCCCUCUAACCCCAGCCAGGUAACCUCCCCCACCUGCCCCAACCACCUCAUGGGCCAGCCCUCCCCUCAGCUCCAGAGAGCCAUGGGUGGCUACCAUCCCACCAGCCAGAGGUCUGCUUCCUGCCCCACUCCCCCCACUGCCCCUCCAGCUCGCAUUGUGCCCUCGCCCCACUCCGGGCCCUCCUCCCCCCAGCUACACUCGCUGACCUACCAGUCGCCCACUUCCUCCUCGCCCAGCAGCAGCCCUCUGGGCCCCCAAGCCCUCAGUCCCCAGGCCGGUAGCCCUGUGAUGGGCAACAUGUCACCAGGGGCAUCGGGGCCGCUAGUGCAGCAGCACCCCCUGGCCCCCCAUCCGGGCCCUUUCCCUACAGAGGGGGAAAGCCUGAACAUCAAGCAGGAGCCUGAGGAGAGAGAGCCCACCUUCAGAACCAUUGGCCUGCAGGACAUCACACUGGAUGAUGUGAAUGAGAUAAUUGGCCGAGACAUGUCCCAGUCCCCUGGCAGCGGUUCCCAGUCGUAGCGCCCUCUGACCUCUGACCAGACAUACACAACCUGCUGGGCAUUGCAGCAUUCUCACUAGUUCCAACACCACUUCCACUUCAGGACUCCGUGGGCUGCCUCUGUGCCGGAGAGACUGAGCUUCGCCAUACACUGGACCUAACAGGCUAGAAAAACGCCCUCCAUGGUCUAUACUCCAGACGACACCUGCUGAGACACCACAUUAUGAACAGCAGAACAACGCAGGUUGACAAAGUGUAGUAUUAUUGGAGUCAGCUGGUGCACCAAAACGAGGUCGGCGAUCUGUUGUUUUUAAAGGCAGACUUUGGGUAAAAACACAAAUAUAACCUAUUGAAAUUGUUUACGAAUCAAUGUGCCGCCAUACCACAUUCUUUACUGCUUUCAAACAAAUGAUCAGUAAGAUAUUUGAAUACAGAAGCGCAUUGUGAGAAGGGAGCUCUGCAGCUUCCAAUCCGAAAGAACUAUCUUGUGUAAGUAAUGUAUAUAAAUACUUGAGUCGUCUGGAAACUGUAGCAGUAUCUGCCAACGAAUGAACCACCGCAUUCACAGGCCUAUGUCUGUUUUCAAACUGAGAAAAGGGAUGGUUUGAUCGUUGCCCCAUGUUGGCCUUUAAGCAUUGCUUUUCUGUUCUCAAUAAUCAAGCCUGGGCUCAGAUCCACUGGUUUAGAGAGAUCCCUUUCUAAAUGUAUGUCUGCAAUAGGUAAACCAAUCUCCUCCAGUCCCAGUGUUGUCCCAAACCAUGUAGCGCUCAGUCUGGAUUGUACACAUGAUCUUCUCACCAGCAUAGACCACUACUGUACUUGGUACCGUAAAAAUCAACUCUGUUGGUUGACUGAUGUCACAGCACCGCCCCCUGGUGGUGUAAACGUUACUGCACCCACCACUUCAACACACCCACACCCCAUCCCCCCUUGCCCUUGUGUUUGGGAGUCUCUGGGAGGCCCUUUUUCAUUUUCUCUGGUGCUGGACUGGGAUCUGUUAUAUGCAACAUUCCACACUUCUAGUGACCUUUCUGCCAUGUAGAUACUGUAAAUGAUCACCACCCUCUCCUGACUGAUUAGCCGUCUUUCAGGUUGAACAAAUGCCUUAUUAACCUUGUUAAAUAGCAGCUUUGAAUGAUAUAAUGGCUAAAGCUUUUGUUGUCUGUUUGCACAGCUGACUCUUUAUGGGGGGGGUGUGAGGUUGACUUUUAUCGACAUUUGAUGGAUUUAUGAGUUGGUUAUAUGGGGAUGCUUAACUUUUGUAUGUUUUGUGCAGUGGAUAGAAGAGCACAUUGGCUAGUUUCAAACUGAGGUAACCUGUAAAGAUGGAAAUAUAAAUAUAUACUUGUGAAUGUAUAUUUGGAGUUGAAUUAAAGAUGGCUUUGAAUGAUCCACAGAGAGAGAUGGACCUGUGCUCCUAAGAGCUUCGUCAUACAAUAUGUAGGAGGCUUCUGAAUUGGCACCCUAGUCCCAGUAUAGUGCACUGUUGAUAUCCAGUGGUCAGAAAUAGAGUGCUAUGUAAGGAAUAGGGUGUUAUUCUGGAUGCAUCUUAGUUGUGGUGAUGCCCAGGGACUCGUGUGCCUUCCGCUAUGUAACCACCAUAUGAGGGUGUAGGAACUUCAAACCUCCACACACUAUUCAACAUAACAUGACGACAUUCAAAUUGUUGAUAACCGUAUAUAUACUGCAUUUAUGGAUAACUCCUCAUCACCUCUACCCCGAUUAACAGGGUUAUUUCUGUCUUUUUUAAAACAGCUCCCACCCUAGAAUACUGUUGGUUCUUCACGUCCCCUCCGUGUGUCGCAUCACGACAAUCAUUUUGUCUACCAAAUGGUACCUUAACAAAAAGACGUCAUUCUCUCUUUUUGGGGAGACAUAUAGACAGUGAAUGUAUGGAAUAUUGAUAACAAUAAUAGAAAUUCUCCGUUUGGGCGUAUGGAAUAUUAUUAACAAUAAUAAAGCUUUUGUUUGCCUGAGAAUUACAACCAAGUCCAAGGAAAUGACGUGACAUAUUCCAAUCAAACUUCAUAAGAAGGAUGUGCGUAGAAUGUGAUUCUAAAUGUUUGAAUAAUGUACUGUAAGUAUGCUAUACAUUACGUAUGUCAAGAGUCAUGCUAUAAUACGUGUUUAUAUGGUUGGUUAGAAUAAGCUCCUAUUGGCUCUUUGCCUUAACGUGUUUUCUGUAAUUGGACAAUGAUACUCUUCUUGCAUGUAUUUUUAUUCUCUAAGGUGUUGCUAAUGACAACUGUCAAUCAUGAUUCAUGUCCCAGUUCAAGUUCAAUAAUAAUUCUGCUAUGCACAAAAAAUCUGCCUGAUGCCUUUAAAAAACAGGAAAAGAAAUAAAAAGAAAACCUUGAUGCCUAUAGAUGUAGACGCUUUGUAGCUGCUUGGUUUCAGUUUUUCCAGAGUAGCCCAAUAUAUAGUAUUCUUGCUCCGUAAGAGAAAGACAGUCAGUGAAGCUGCCUUGUAAAGGACAGUGUGUCUUAAGAGAAAUUACUAGAGCGUGUGGAAGUGUUACGUUUGUUCCCAAUAAACUGUAGAUAUGUGUUUUUUGUAAUUUUUAUCUUUUCUUAUUUUAAUUAUGCACACAGAUGUGUUAGGCUACUAUGCAAACCAUGAUAACAGCAACAUUACAAUUCACUAUUUGGCACCAAGUACAGAUAACUGCUUUGUUUGUAAACUCUCCCUCACAACUUUUGUGUGUAAACCCUUUUCAAACAUUGAGGAGAGAAUAAAUGAUGUCACUAUUUGAUUAUUUAAAACUAUAGGAAUGCCUUAACUCAUGUUUUAAAUACCAAUUAUUGGUUGGUUGUCUGUAUGCUUUUCUGGGUUAAUAAUUUAUGAAUAACUUGUGAGAUGAUAAUUUUGGACAGCAGGACUUUAGAGGAAGCUGGUAGUAGGGCUUUUUGUGUGACUGUUGCCUGAUUCACAAUAGAGGGCAGACCAGGACCAUACUGUGCUGGCUUGGACAUUCAGUUUCAACCAACCCAGUUUUAGCCACUACAGUGAUUGCGUAACUAUGUCAGCCCUGUAUAGCCCAGCUUGGCCCUGUGAAGUGUGGAUCAGGCAUGAGUCAAGCCACAAGCAUAGCAUCAAAUUUAGUGAGCUCUCUGCCAGCCUCUUCUGUAAAACCAAAGACCGAACAUACCGGUAAAAAGCAACAGAGUCUAACUUUAGAAAACUCUAUUUUUGAUACUUUGAAAUGGAUGUCAUUCCUAAUGAUGGGGGAAUUGUAAAUUAAAGGGAAAUGCAGGUUUUAGCUGAUGUUUACGGAACUGUGUAUUGUCAUUUCAUGUACAUUUUGUAUUUUAAAAACAUUUUGUAAUUUUUGAAGACUGCAGUGCUUUUUGAAACGAUUCAAAGGGAAUACCUUGCAUUAUUAGGCUCUUACAGUAGUGUAUUAAUAAAAAUAAAACAAAUACCCAACUAUU